AUGAUUUUAGAGCCUCCGAAGGACCUGGUGGUAAGGAUUCAGAAGCAGAUGGUGGACUUUUUCUGGUCAGAGCAGCACUGGCUGAGGGCACCAGGUCUAUACUUGCCCAUUCAGGAAGGAGGACAAGGACUUGUCGACAUCGGAUCCAGAGUUGAAGCCUUUAGACUUCAGACAGCUCAGAGACUGCUUUACAGGGAUGAUGUAAGCUGGACUGUGGCACAUUUCCACAUGCUUGAAAACCUGAGAGAAUCCAAGUGGCAGGAUAUUUUUGGCUCAGGCGUUUCCCCUAAAGGCUGCUGGAGGACCCUGUACAAACUUCCUGUUGAGAAAAGGUCUGGAGACCUUCAGUGGAGGGUAGUGCAUGGUGUCAGCUGCCCGUCCAUACAGGUAGAAGAAUGGAAGUUUCCUCAAACUGCCAGAUACAACAUAACAGGUUUCAAUCUGGCGCGCAGUUUCUCCCUGUUGAAGAACAGCGAGGUCAAGAAGAUCCGAAACCCGAGAGGGCCUGUCAUCCUUCGCCUUGGGAAAGUACAACUCAUUCAACCUACAGAUCAAGUGUUUCCUCAUGGACUUCCAGAGGAGUUCACCCUGGUCUUUACCCUGCUGCUGAAGAAGAAAUGCCCACCGGAUGCUCCCAAGAGUCGACGAGCUGCAGAGAACCAGGUGGAGUUUGUGCCCAAUCCCUUCGCUCAGGCAAUUCUCGGAUCCAAGGAACUGGCAGAAAAAUGUGCAGGCUGUGUACUGCUCAGUGAGGAAUCGAGUGUGGGUAUUCACGUUCAGGUUGUCGUGUGCAGCAUGUUUAAUGGCUGUUGCUUAGAAGGUGCUAAAGGGGAGAAAGGAGCGAAGGGAGAGUCGUGCUUAGAAGGUGCUAAAGGGGAGAAAGGAGCGAAGGGAGAGUCGGGUCUGGCUGCCAACUGGGGAGAAGCUAUAGGAGUGAAGGGUGACAAAGGACAGAAAGGAGAAGUCGGAGCCACAGGUUUGCCCGGAAAUCCAGGCAAAGAUGGUCGAGCUAAUCCUAUUUGUGUGGUGGGUCCUAAAGGACAAAAGGGUGUUCCUGGUGUAGUUGGUCCAGAGGGGCUUGCAGGAGAAUCAGGCCGCCCAGGACCUCCUGGACCACCUGGAGUUGGAAAACCAGGACCACCAGGGCCCUCUGGUGGAACUCCAGAAUCUAAAGGAGAAAAAGGGGAUUCUGGGAUACAUGGUGAAGACGGAAAGCCUGGAGAACCUGGUCCGAGAGGUCCUUGGGGACCUAAAGGCGAGAAGGGAGAUCCAUGUGAACCAUGUCCAGUGGUGUCUUUUGACUCCACUGGCAACACUGUGGCCUUUCAGAGCAAGCAGGGGCCUAAAGGAGAACCAGGGGCCCCAGGCAAAGGAGAACAGGGUCCACCUGGCCCUACUGGACUGGAUGGCAAAGCAGGACAUAAGGGAGAGCCAGGAGCAGAUGGGGCCAAAGGCAUAAAGGGUGAACCGUGUUCUGGCUGCCCUACCAUUGGAGAUAUUCCAGCGGGCAUUUUGAAUCGGGCUCAAAAGGGAGAGAAGGGAGAUCCAGGUGUUGGGCAGAAAGGAGAGCAGGGAGAACCAGGUCCAAGUGGCUUUGCUGGACUAAAAGGGGAAAAGGGUAAUGCAGGCAGCAAAGGAAAUGAGGGGAAAACUGGCAAACCUGGUCCAAAAGGGUCAAGUGGAAAUAAUGGAGAGAAGGGUAAUCCUGGCCAACCCGGUAUAGGGACAACUGGUCCAAAAGGUGAAAAGGGAGACUCAUGUGGCGUGUGCCAAGGCACAACCUCUGAGGUUGAAAGUGGCCCAUCUACGAUAAAGGUCACAGGGGAACGUGGCCUUCCAGGACCUCCAGGCCCACCAGGAGAAGAAGUAGAGGGCAAACAGGGGCCACCAGGUCUUCAAGGUCUUCAAGGAGAGAAAGGUGAUCAGGGUUUACAAGGAGACCCAGGUGUGGAUGGGGUACCUGGACCCCAAGGACCUCAAGGAGAACCAGGCAGGAAGGGCCGUAAUGGACUAAAAGGAGAAAAGGGAGAUGCGUGUGACAGUUGCCCCUCACUCUCUGAAGGAAAUGGCAAUGUUGUUGGCUUACCAGGACCCAAGGGAGAGAGAGGAGAGCCAGGUUUGCCACUCGAGGGCCGAGAAGGCAAACAGGGUCGGCCAGGCCCACCUGGUAUCAAGGGACCUCCAGGACUCAAAGGCAGUCAGGGCAAUGCUGGUCCUUCAGGUAUUGGCCUUCCAGGACUGCAGGGUGAGCAGGGACCGAGAGGUUUUCCCGGAGCUGCUGGUCCAGAAGGACGUCAAGGACCCGCAGGGCCAAUUGGACCAGCGGGACAAAGGGGUCCAAAGGGAGAAAUGGGACCACCAGGGCCACAGGGGCCAAUGGGAAUAGGAUCAAUUGGACCCCCGGGUAGGGAUGGUACACAAGGAUUUUCUGGGAUUCCAGGUCAGGAUGGGAGUUCUGGAGCCACUGGGCCUAAGGGUGACAAGGGUGAACCAGGAGAGUGCAACUGUUUGAAUAAUAUGUCCCCUGGAACUGGCGGACCUGGGGUCCCAGGUGGUGAGAACAGGUGGCAGUCUGGUCCUCAGGGGCCUCCUGGACCACCAGGCCCUCCAGGUCCCCCAGGGCCACAAGGCUUUACAGGAAUCCCCGGCCCACACGGUAUCCCUGGCAACGAUGGCGUACCAGGGAAACCGGGUCCACCCGGCCAAGCACCUCCAGUUUUUCUGCCUCAGGAUUCAGCUUCCACAGACACGGAGGGCUGUGGUGAUUGCUCCACGGGCCUACCUGGUGUGCCCGGCAAGGUUGGCUCUAAAGGCGAGAAGGGAGAUCAGGGCAAGCCUGGGGUUGUACCCUCAGAAGGAUGCGAACGGUGUCUACAGCCUCAGAGACCACAGAGAGAAGAAACACCAAGUGUGCCUACGAGUAACAGUGGUCAGUGCGUUGGUGCACCAGGGAUGCCUGGAUUCCCAGGGGACCCAGGGGUCAAAGGAGAGCCGGGUCCUAGAGGUGAGCGAGGACCUCCUGGUCUUCCUGGAACCCCGGGCAAUAUUGGUUUCCCUGGUCCUCAAGGGCCUCCUGGACUGUCUGUAAGUCAAAGCAUGCCAACUCACGAUCAGCUCAGACAAACACCCCAUUGUGGUCCUAAAGGGGAAGCUGGAACAGCGGGACCCGUGGGACCAAAGGGAGAUCAGGGCUUCCAAGGAUCUCAAGGAUUCCCAGGACAACCGGGUCCUCCAGGUUUCCCAGGAAAAGCAGGUCCUAUGGGCCCUCCGGGGCCACAAGCUGAGAAGGGUGGUGCUGGAGUUCAGGGCCAACAGGGACCCACAGGUCCCCCAGGAUCUCCCGGGUCCCCAGGCAUGCCUGGGCCACCUGGGAUGGAAGGACUUGAUGGCAAAGAUGGAAAACCAGGUUUAAGGGGUGAACCAGGAGUGCCUGGCCCUGCUGCACCCAGGGGAAUGCCGGGUUUCAAGGGCAUCAAAGGGCACACAGGUCUCCCAGGAAUGAAAGGAGAUAGAGGACCUCAGGGACCUGCUGGAGCUGCAGGAAGGCCUGGUCUAGAGGGAGAUCCUGGUCCUUCCGGACCACAAGGACCACCUGGAGCUCCAGGACAUGUGGGUGCUGCUGGAUCUUCAGGACCACCAGGACCAAUUGGGCCAGCUGGAGUGGGCAUUAAGGGAGACAAAGGUGAGGCAGGAGAGAGAGGACAGUCUGGAUUACCUGGCCCACCAGGGCUCCCAGGACAUCCAGGGCUGAUGGGUGAACCGGGAAGUGAUGGAGCAGCAGCUAAAGAUGGAGCCCCAGGCCUGCCAGGAGAAACUGGUCCACAGGGACAGAAGGGCGAAGCAGGAGUUGCAGGGCAAAGGGGACCCUCGGGAGAGCGCGGACGUCCCGGCCCACCAGGAGGAGGCUUUGGUUUUGGCUCCAAAGGACCAGAAGGGAUCAUAGGACCAGUCGGACCCCGUGGCGAGAGGGGAAGCCCUGGUUCACCUGGAACAGCUGGUUCCACCGGACCACCAGGAAUCCCAGGGAAUGAUGCUGUUGUAAACUAUGAUGACUUAAGGUCCUUCAUCAGGCAGCAGGUCAUAAAGAUCUUUGACGAGCGUAUGGGCUACUACAUGUCCCGAAUGCAGAUGCCUGUGGAGAUGGUUGCAUCCCCUGGUCGACCAGGACCCCCAGGAAAAGAUGGAAAUCCAGGCAUGCCAGGUCCCCAAGGGAUACCGGGCCGCCCCGGGCAGAUUGGACGCGAAGGAAGACAAGGACCCAUGGGUCCACCCGGUGGCCCUGGUGUAAAGGGAGAGAAAGGAGAUAAGGGUGUAGGAGAGAUGGGAGACAGUGGCCCUCCGGGUGCUCCAGGUGUUCCUGGUCCUCCUGGUUAUGGUAAGAUGGGACCACCAGGUUCUUCUGGUCAGCAGGGCAUCCCAGGUGUUCCUGGACCUCCAGGACCAUCUGGAGCGAAGGGCAAGGAUGGUCGUUGCCACCCAUCAGACUGUAUGAGUAUGCCUGUGGAGUACAAUCCCAAGGGCCCACCUCCCAAUAGGCCCAUGUACUAGAAUGUGGUUUAAGAGAAGUAAAAGAUGGAGGAUGGUACCCAUUGAUUGACAUUCUCACAGUUACCUACCUGUACCUGCUAAGGCUUCUGAGAAGAUCCAUGGAGAACCAAAGGAUUAAUGUAAUUUCCUUUCCGCAUGAUGCAAUGCCGAAACACUGGUUCACCACCAAUGGGGACAUUUAUAAGUUAUCGUCUGCUGAUGAACCAGUGAAGAAAGGCUAAGCAUUAACUUACACCUCUACAAUUUGGUGCAACAUCCCAAACUUGAGUGCCGUAACCCCUAAAUACUUGCCCAUAAUGCCACUUGCAUCAUUUCUGAGUUUGUGUUUUACAAUUAUAUACUUCUAGAUCCCUGGACAUAUAAGGUGUUGACAGUCAUUACUGGUGACCAGAUUUAUUCAGCAUUCAACAUUUUUCAUUUCUUUUCCAGCCCCCAUAAAAUAUAUUGGUUUCAAUCUGACACUUCACACCAGUCUUCAAGGUCCUUUAUUAAAUAUUAAAGCAAUAUUCUGAGUUAAAUGCAAGUUAAAAUCAUCCAUGGCAUGCUGUUGAUUCAUGCAGGAAUUAUUUUGACUCAUACCUCAGUUUAUGAAAUUUUUUUUUUGCCAGUUUUGCACUUACAACAUUAUUUUUAAUUUUUAUUUAAUUUUUUUUUCAAAAUGAGGUAUGAACCAAAAAGAUUUCCUGCAGAAAAUGCCACAGAUGCUGUUGCUAGGGCUUGUAUUGAAUCUGGAAUGUUUCUUUAAUAAUAUCUUUGUGAGGGGGUUGUUUUGGCAGCUGCUAAUUUUGCUAUUUAACUGCUUUAGCAAAGACAUUGUGGCAUAAAUAUCCAUCUGUUUCCAGUGAAUAAUUCCUUCCACGGUGUGAGCCGUUUAAUAUUAAAUAGUUUGAGUUUAUCAUUAGGCAUAGAUACAGUUACCUAAUUAACUAUUUUAAUUAUUCGAAAUGAACAUCCCCAAGGGCUUAUGUUGUACAUAUUCAUAUGUAAUGACUUUUUGUUCCUUAAAAAAAAAAAAAAUGACAUCAGCAUGGCAGCCCUUUUUAUGGUCGUCUCAGAUAUUUUGGAAUAAUUUUAUAAGCUCUAAACAAAUGGAUGCUUUGUAAAGGUAGGUUUUAUAUGCAAUUUUGGGUUAGAAAGCAAUUUUGUGAUGUAUCACGGGACGGAAAGAGAUUUUAUUUUUAUAAGAAUAUUUCAGUGACAUGAAAUAUCUCUCGAUGAGCUCUGUGAUGACAUCUCCUCCUCCAUCACUCUGGACUCUUAAACUUGAAUUUCCUUUGAUAUACUGUACCACUUGCAGCUGAACCAUCAUGUGCUUCUAGAACACUCUAAUCUCAAAUAUGCUUUGCUAGUCGUCCUAAACAUCCGAACCCAACCUUCAGAGUUCAGUCAUCUCUAAAGCAAACAGCAUCUCACUGAUUCUCUGGUGCGUCAGCCAGUCUGAUGCUUUUAUACUCUGCACUUUAUCCUCUCUUUGUCGCUCCCUCGGUCUGUGUGUGUGUGUGUCUGUGUGUGUGUGUGUGUGUGUGUGUGUGAAGAUAGCGAGAAAGACUCUGUAUCUAUAUUGGGAGGAUAGCUGAAAAGUUUUUUAGCAGAGCCAUUCACAUUUCUCAAAUUAUGCAGUCAAUUUCAGAUCGGCCUUUCAACCUCUUUUUAUCCAAGCUUUAAAAAAAAUCUCCCCCAUCAUCAUGCAUCUCAUCAUAGUGCUAUUUGUAAGUAAAGUCAUUUGUGUGCAAAUUUUUCUUUGAAGAAACUUAAGAGAAGCAAUAAAAGUUUUGAAAGCAUAGUUCUCUAUGGACUUGUUCACUUGUCAGUCCCUAAACAACAUAUCUAUCUUCAGUUUGUAACAAUAGCAACAGUUUUGUAUUCAAAAAGGAUGACUGAAAUGUCUUGAAAAACUUAGUAUUGAGCACAAGGGUACAGAGUUUCCGGUUACAUUUUCAACACUUUGUAAAUAACAGCAUAUAUGAUGGU